AAGGAAAACCUCGACGUUAGACGCCGCAACGCUGAGCUGCGUGUCUCAAUUGACACAUCAAGACUACACAGAACGCUUCCGUUUCCGGUCCCAGCCGGCUCGAACGCUUCUGUUUCCGGUCCGAGUGGCCUGGCUAACGGCGGCAGAGCUCAAAGUCCGCUCUGAUACAGUUGUAGGUUUCUGCUCGACCCAGACAGAACUACUUUUACGGAGUUAAAAGUGUACUCUCACUGAGGAGCUACAGAACUGGGGUCUGCUCUGACUGCCUACAAUCGGGACCACCACUCCUGCAUCACGCCCGCAGUGGACGCGCCACAAACGGCGAAGGAGGAAGCAGAAGCGGGGCAAGCGUGGAGUUAUCCGAGCAAGUUUUUAAGCCGCCCCUCAUUCUACAGUGAGACGAAACAAACAACCUCUGCAGAGAAGGCGCUUUCUGGAGCAAAAUCCCUCCCAAAUAUACGUUUAUACUAAUAAUUGCCAUGGGAACAAAAAAGGACAUGCGUUCUUAAAAUGACAUGCAAGGAAGAACAAGGUGCUUGGUAGUCAAGGAAGUAUGAGCAAAGUAAAAUAAGAAUCUAUUAAUGAUAGUCUUUAAUAUAACAUUACAACCGUCUUUCUAAAUUAUUAAGGAAUCUACUUGAAGGAGAGAAACAGCAUAAGAACAUAAAAUAUGAGCUUCAAAAUAAGCACUUAAAUUCCCCUGUUAGGAGGUAAUUUAAACCAUCAUACAGCAGUAGGGGUGGGUCAUGACUCAGUUGCCAUGCGUGUUGUCAUGGUGACCAGCCCCUGCGCCCCUUCCCCCCUCCUCUGGUUGGUCCACAUUUUGUUGUGGUUCCACAACAAUGGACCUCAGCUGACAGAGGCAGCGCCCCCCUGCCCCAUCCCCUGUAGCUGCUCCAAUCAGGCGAGCCGUGUCAUCUGUACGAGGAAGACUCUAGAUCAAGUCCCAGACAGAAUUUCAGAAAACACAAGAUACCUCAAUCUACAAGAGAACACAAUUCAGGUGAUCAAGUCUGACACCUUUAAACACCUGCGGCAUCUGGAAAUACUCCAGCUCUCCAAGAACCACAUCCGGCAGAUCGAGGUGGGAGCGUUCAAUGGGCUGCCAAACCUCAACACGCUGGAGCUUUUUGACAACCGUCUCACCGUGGUACCGUCACAGGCCUUUGAGUACCUCAGCAAGCUAAGGGAACUAUGGCUACGAAACAACCCCAUCGAGACGUUGCCGGCGUUCGCCUUUCACCGCGUUCCCUCUUUACGCCGUCUCGACCUCGGGGAACUCAGGAAACUGGAUUUCAUCUCAGAGGCGGCCUUUGAAGGUCUGGUCAACUUGCGCUUCUUGAAUCUCGGCAUGUGCGGCCUGAAGGAUAUCCCCAACCUCACCCCGCUCGUUCGACUAGAGGAGUUGGAGUUGUCAGGGAACCAGUUGGGAAUAGUCCGGCCUGGAUCGUUCCAGGGCCUCGUGUCGCUUCGAAAGCUGUGGCUUAUGCACUCCAAGGUGUCAGUCAUUGAACGCAAUGCUUUUGACGACCUCAAAAACCUGGAGGAGCUCAACCUUUCACACAAUUCGCUUCAUUCACUGCCUCAUGACCUCUUUACCCCUUUGCACCAGUUGGAGAGAGUGCAUCUCAACCACAACCCAUGGGUGUGCAACUGUGAUGUUCUGUGGCUCAGCUGGUGGUUGAAAGAAACGGUUCCUAGCAACACCACAUGUUGCGCCCGAUGCCAUGCGCCGCCAGGUCUAAAGGGCAAGUACAUCGGCGAGUUGGACCAGAGCCAUUUCACCUGCUACGCCCCAGUCAUCGUGGAACCCCCUACAGACCUCAAUGUCACCGAGGGUAUGGCCGCUGAGCUCAAAUGCCGCACGGGAACCUCCAUGACCUCCGUGAACUGGUUCACUCCAAAUGGCACUCUGAUGACCCACGGAUCGUACCGUGUCAGGAUCUCGGUGCUCCACGACGGAACGCUCAACUUCACCAAUGUGACCGUGCAAGACACGGGACCAUACACCUGCAUGGUGACCAACUCCGCUGGUAAUACCACUGCCACUGCUGUGCUCAAUGUAUCAGCUUCAGACCCCAGCAACAACUACAGCUAUUUCACCACCGUCACUGUGGAGUCAGUCGAGACGGUGGUAGGAGGGGACUCAGCAAGACAGUACAUUAACGAGACCUUCAUAGAUUUCCCUAAUCCUACUGUUGAAAGAGGGGUGUUAGACGGCAUCACUAUAACCCCUUCUCUCUCUUCUCUUUCUUCAUUGUCCCCACGAGCGAACAGGGCCACAGAGAAUGCGGUGACUGUGUCCCUAAUUGAUGUAACUAACAUCCCCGGCCUGGAUGAUGUAAUGAAAACGACCAAGAUCAUCAUUGGUUGCUUCGUGGCCAUUACUUUUAUGGCAGCCGUAAUGUUGGUGGUUUUCUAUAAGCUCCGCAAGCAACACCAGCUGCACAAGCACCACGGCCCUGCCAGAGCUAUCGAAAUUGUCAAUGUGGAAGACGAGAUCGGAGCCGGUGCAGGAAGUGGUAUCUCAGGCGGGUCCACCAUGAAUACUGGCAGCGGCGGAGAAGGAACCCUAAGGAUACAUCAUCCCGAAAUAGUUAACCUUCCCAAUAUCGGCCGUUCUGAUACGUUGAACCAUUACUACAAGACCCAUCAUUUCAACAACAACGUGAUGGGUCUUAGUAUUGGUUCCGACGGGAUGGGAUCAGGUGGAAUGCACAAGAACCAGCAAGGCCAGGAAAUCCCCAUUUCCUGUACCCCCGUCCCCAUCUCGACAUCCAAUCUGCUCGUCUCCUCGGGAAAUGGCACCAACACCAACCCGAGUUCAAUGUCGCCACCUCUGCCGAUGUCUCUCCCGAUGCCCACCAUGGGCCUACACGGAUCGAUUAAAGGUUUCAUGGGCCAGAACCAGAACCCGCAAAUGGAGCCUCUUCUCUUCAAGGGGACCUCAAAGGAAAAUGUCCAGGAGACUCAGAUCUAAAAGCGCUGGUGGGACAGAGAGGGGAUUCAUGUUGGGUUUAUGUUGGGAAUGAUUAGACACUAGAGUGCAUUGACUUUACACCAGGAGACAGGAUAGACGGGACAUGGCGACACACAAAGACAAAGACUCAUCCGUGAUGUAGUACUGAGCCAAGGAUUACCACAGUGGGCCACUUGUGUUUGUAGUAACGCUCAUGGCCAAGGCGAUCAAGGAAUGGACAUUGCUACAAUGUAAAUCUGUGCCAAAGCAAAUGUUUCUUUUUGCAUUUUCUCCAAACUGUGUUGUCAGUGGGACGGGAGGGGUGGGGGGGGGAACAAAUCUUUGGGAGUAAUCAGCCCCGAAAUCAUUGUUGGCCUGGAGAGAUGGAAGACAUGCACGCUAGUAUUUACCAUGCUGAAGAUGGCAGAGAUUACGGAGAUAUGAAAUCCGAGAGACAUUUUUCUUCUCAAAAAGAAGCCACACUUUCUCUGAAGUGACUCAAUAGUCUCCCCCGAGGUGACAAUAAUGUAGGCAUAAAUAGAUGGACAAAAAGGUACAGUGCAGUACAAACUACUGUGAAAAAUCCACAAAUUAUAUAAAUAUAUUUUCAUUUAAAUAUGUAUCAUUGAAAACUCCGGCGCAAAGAUAUUUUGGGGUGGAUGUAUACUCCGGUAGAGUUUGUUUCUAUGUGAAUAACGAGGGGGCAAAGAUUGGGGAGGUUGGUUAUGAUACAUGUUUUCAGUUUGGCUACUUCUCAGAGAACAUAAGGGCUCAAUUGCAACACUCAUUGUGAAUCUUUGAAUUGGCUUCAAGUCUAUUUAGGUUGUAGUACAGUAAAUGCAGAUCUCUGUUUGACAAACUUCUGUCUGUUGCUUCAGUAGUAAUCAUUACAAAUUUUUGUGUUCCGAGGGUGUAUUAUGUAUUUUGUAACAGCCAGCUACUUGGUAUUUGAAUCGUAUCAAUUCUGAAAAUGCCAUAAUGUUCAAACUAAUGUUUCACAAACAGGGAGCGGCAUUCCCAUGCAAAGACCUGUACGGCUAAAAUAAAGUGUUGACUUAUGUGUUAUUUCAAGCAGAUCCGUAGCCAGGAAUUUGAUAUGACCUCCUUGCUCAUGGUGACUAUAAUCAUGCCAUAAACGCCGUCAUAAUGACGUUUCGACAUCUUUCUGCAGCCGCACUCGAGAAGGGAUCAAACAUCCAACCUGGGAUGAUUAGGAUGAAUGGAAAUGUACAGUAUAUCAAUAAUAACAAUGUCUGGUUGUAUGACAAUUGUAAGAACUGCAUUUUUACAGUGUAACUUUCAUAUGUUCGAUGCCAUUUGCGCUUCUCGCGUUUCAACUAUGUAUUUCUUUAUUUUUGUUAGUUUGAUAUAAUGUGUACAGUUGUCUAGCCAUGUAUCAUUAUGUGUGAAAUAAAUGAAUCAUAUAUUGGAUUGUGGCAGGUCAAUAUGGCGACCGCGUUAAGAAAACGUGAGGAAUUCUGUGCUAAACCUGGAGUGAAUGGGUUGUGGUUCAGCCAUUAGUCACAGUGCUAAUGAAAUGUGUCAUCUGCUCUAUUAACAUGUUCAGACAGGCUAUUAGUCACUCUCAUAAAUGUCCAACAAACACUACAGAAGGAGUGUUUUCAUGAGAACUAGAUGAGGGUGGCAUUUAUUUUAGAAGCCCUUGGUAUUAUAGUGAUAACUUUUGUUUU